AUGGUAGCUGACGGUCCAUCAAGAUUCAAAUCUCGUUUCUCUUUACUUUCCCUCUUACCUACUCGUCAUCCUCCCAUCGUAAUAUCAAACCCUCAACCUAUACCAUCAUUACCAACCCAACAUAUUCAUCAACCGAGGGAUAUCAAACAAGUCAAACAUUCCCGACCUGCUUUAGCUCCUGCUCCCAUUUCUCCCGUUCGAUCCGCCAGAGCUUUCCCCUAUCCUUUUACUCCACCACGAAGAAUAGGAUCGCCAGGUUCUAGUUACACCAAUUCUCCUGGAGGAAGAAGGGGGUCACCACGUAGACCUCCACCUUUAGAUUUAGAUAAAGUGAGAAAGGCUUAUCCACCUAAAGAUGAUGUUUUAGCUUCAGCUACAACUCAACAUGAUCCUUCUAUCUUUCCCUCUCAAACUCGACCAAAGACUCCUCCCCCUCCCCCUCCUCAUGCUCCCAGUCCCCCAAUACUACCAGAAUACAAUGUACCGAAGAAAGUCACAAGAGGGGAGAGAUCGAAAAGAGAAGAAAGAAGUAAUGUGGAAGAUCCAUUCGAAAUUGUGCAAAUUGAACCUGGACAUAAAUAUUCUUCAUGGCAAAGAGGGAAAAUAGAUAUAAAACCUGGUCAAAUCAUCCCUCGAUCUUUAAUGCCACCCAGUUCGAAUUACUUUACAGAACCUGAUCCGGUACCAGAAGACACAUACGAUUCCGUUCUUGCCGACGUAUUACUCACACCGACUUAUCUACGUCCUUCUCCUAAUUCGAACUGUCAAACACAAUGGUCUCCCGCUUCAUCACCUUCAUCUCGACAAAAACGAAAGACUUUAUUGGGAAAAGUCGGUCAGGUAGUCAGUACCGCAGCACGUAAAUCUGCCUUCGUCCCAAAAGGUAUCUUAAAACAUGGGGGUAUGAACACAGACCCAGCUGAAAGGUCAUUGAAGGAAUUGAAGGAGAGAGAAGCUAGAGAGAUGGAUAGGUAUAGAUUGGCACAGCAUAAGGCAGGUGUGGAUAUAGGAAGAAGUUAUAGUACUUCUUUAUCACCCGUGUUGGAUAUGAGAGCUGAAGGCUUGAGACGUAGUCCGGGGUAUGUUGGUCAUCGAGAACAACAAGUUGGGAUAGAGCAUUUCGAAGUGGAUGGGAAAAAAUCAAAUGGUUGGGGACAUGGUGGUAAGGAUGAUUUGGAAAAGGUCAAGAGGAAACAAAAGAUUUGGAAGUACUCGAUCGUACUCAUCAUUCUCGCCCUUGCAGCACUCAUCAUCGGCCUCUGCACAUCUCUCCUGACCCGUUCGUCGGGUUCAUCAACCACUUCAUCCACAUCAUCCAAUUCUACAUCUUCAUCCUCCUCCUUGUCAUCUUCACAGUCGACUACUGCAUCACCACCCACUUCGACUUCUACUUCCCAAACACUCACCACUUGCCUCCAACAAUUCUCCUCUUCCGCACCUACCUCCCCUCUGUCAUAUUCUUGUUCAGAUUGUGUCCCUCUCCUCUCUUCGGCUCAGAACGAUUUUACCGUUCCUUUGGUCGGUGGUAAUUCCACCGGUGUCGGUGCGGCAUUGCAAUUCUGCGCUUUGUUAGAUGUCUACAGGGGAACGCAAGAUGUAGCAGGUUUGAAAACAGGAGGUUGGGCUGGGAACGCGAGUCCGUGCGAUGGCUGGACUGGGGUUACAUGUGAUUCAAGAGGAAGAAUCACGGAACUGACUCUGAAAUAUCCCAACGUCCCGACCACCUUACCGGAUUCUCUGAUCAACAUUAUUUCACUUCAAACGUUACACCUUACGGGAAAUUCAUCCAUCCCUUCCGGUCCCUUUCCCAACGCUCUGACGAAACUGUCCAAUCUCACAGUGAUCGACAUAGAAUAUACCGCUUUGACCGGACCACUGUCGAAUGACGCAUUCGAGAGUGCAUCUAAGUUGCAAGCUCUGUUUUUGGUGUACAACGCACAACUUGGGACCACGUUACCAAAUUUGGUAAAUUCUAAAAGUCUGACUACCUUAGCUGUGACGGGUCAAAGAUUGACCAAUAUCUCCGUCGAUCAAUUACCUUCAUCUUUGACAUACUUGGAUCUAUCUUUCAAUUCACUCAGUGGUCAAACACCUUCUUUCUCACAAUUGACUUCUUUACAAACUCUUUUACUAGAAAAUGAUUCUUUCACUUCUCCACCGACAUCCCUUCCAUCCACUUUAUCGACACUAUCCCUCACUUCCAAUCCUGCGUUAUCAGGUUCACUACCAGCCAGUGUAUGUUCCAGUACCACUCUGACCAGUUGUGAUCUUCGUAGCACUUUACUUUCCGCCCCGAGCAAUACGACCACGACUAUUACGAACAAUUCGACCAGCUCAAAAACCCAAACACCCGAAGAUUGUACCCGUACACACACACGUCAAGCAGCGCGCUACUAUGGGAAAGGAGAAAAAUAA